AUGGCACCCAAUACUAGUAUUGUCUUCUAUGAUAUCGCCAUGCGACCUCCCGCAGAGAAAAAUGCCUGCUCACCAAACCCCUGGAAAGCCCGCCAAGCACUCAACUUCAAGGGCGUCCCUUACACAACCACAUGGGUCCCCCUUCCCGAAGUAGCCAAUGUCCGCCAAAAGCUUCAAGUACCAGCCUGUCGGAAAUUCGCUGACGGCUCCGACUUCUACACCCUACCAAUAAUCGAGGAUCCGAGCACAGGUACAUUUGUCGGCGACUCCUACGAUAUCGCAGUCUAUCUUCAAAAGACAUACCCAGACUCCGGCGCUGGCGAUCUCUUCCCACAGCAGAAACUCGACUACACUUUCAAGAACGAUACAAUCCCCGUCCCACUAUCAGAUAUCCCCCAGAGCGGAUUCCCCGAAUACGCACGGUUCAACGUCCACGUUGAUGCUUUGUUUAGCGCAUUCGCUCAGCUUACUGUUGCGUGUUUCCCGUUUGACCCUGCCACGGCAGAGAUCAGUAAGGCGGAAAUGGCCCGUCGUGUGGGGGUCCCGAGUUGGGACGUUUUCGCGUUGAAUGGCGAGGCUAGGGAGAAGACGAAGGAUGGGUUCCGGGCUGCUCUUGAUGAACUGGGGAAGCUUUUCCUCGAGGAUGCUAGUGGGCCUUUUAUCCUUGGAUCGAGGGUUACUCAUGCGGAUUUUAUUGUUGGUGGGUGGCUGCAUAUGUAUAACGCGUGCCUUGCAGAUGAUGAAUGGCAGGAGUUGAGGAGCUGGUAUGACGGUCUAUUUGGAAAACUUUAUGAUGCAUUGGAGGCCUAUGCGACGAUGAACUAA